AUGAGAGAAAGCAAACCGAUUUAUAUAACAAAACACAAUCACAAAUACCAGUUGUACAAUAGCAGAGUGAUAAACACACCAAGAAGAUACGGAUGUACCACUACAGAAGCCGGUGUACAAUAUGAGCAUCCAGGAGACAUUGUUAUUUGUACUUGCAAAAAUGGAAUGGGAGUAAGGAGACAUCAAGAGAUUCGAUAUCUCAGUAGCCAACCCAGACACGUUUAUGCAUACCACGGUUCCAGAAGCUUUACAGAUAUCGGUGUAGGCAACUUAAUACCGUUACAGAAAAAGAAAAUCAAAAGGAUAUAUUUGCCUGAAACUGAUGACAGAGGUGUUGGAAGUUCAGACCUAUCGUCCUUUUUAACUAGGAAAACGAAACCUUAUAAUAGAAAUUAUUAUUACAAUAACAAAAACACUUCAACCAGAGGCGUAGGAGGUGCGGUUGAUGAUACUAUAAUAGUCAUACAUAAAAAGUUAUCUCCUAUAAUAAAUACAAAAUCGGGAACUACAAGCCCGAAAUUAUCACUUGUAUCGAAUCAGAGAAACAAUGUUGAAAUCGGAAGCAAUACCCAGGGCAAAACUCUGGCAACAACAUCAACACAAAUUGAAAAAAUCAUGGAUAAUGAUGACAUUAAAAUAGAAGUUAAGACUGUAGAAGUAAGCAUUGAACAUGAUAGGGAAUUCACAAAGCAAUAUAAGAAAUUUAGUCAGAAAAAUUUAUCAAGUGUGCCCGUGCAAUUAAAAGAAAAACCUAUAAGCAAAAGAGCUCAAGAAGCCGAAAGAAUAUUUUCAUCUGAUUCGCUUGUAGAACACAUACAUAAUCUUGAAAACCCGAGUGAGGAUAAGCAAAGUCAUGUAGAUGUGAUGGAAAAUAAACUGGAAAGGGAAUAUAGAAAAAUGUUUUCUACGAAAUCAAAAGAAUCUAAAGAUCAAAAAGUAGAAGAAGUGCGAACCGAGUCAAGUAUGAAAAGCACCUCUUUGCUACGACGGCGUUUCGAAGCUUUGAGGCGUGGUUUAGCUAGAAAGGAAGAUUCAAAAAGAAGUACAAAUAUUUCUGACAAAGGGUCCAGUAACGGAAGUGAACUUAGUAAAAGAGACGUUUCGAUUGCUUCAGACCCUCCAUCAUUGCAGAGUAGAUCGUAUACUGAUGUGAAAAUAAGAGAACCAUUUACUAAAAUGGAACAGUAUGUUACUUCUAACUCUAAACCUAUACAUGGGAAACCAUUGGCAAUAAAAACUAACAGUUACAGGUCUGAAGAAGACGACAGUAGCUAUCAAGGUGCAACAGGCAUGUUUAAAUUAUGGGGAAAGAAGUUUAACUUUGACGAUGAAGAAAACGCUCAAUCACAAUUCAAAGAACAAAAUAUAAUAAUAAAUGAAAAUGAUAAUAAAAAGGAAGGGAAAAGAUUCUUUUUCUUCAAAAAGAAAAGUAAAGAUAAACCUACAAAUAUUUACAAGCAAAAGAAAGGAUUAACUGCUGGUAGAUGUGAAGUUGGUGAUGGUCUUAUAAUAAAGAUAGGGGCUGCUUAUCCGAAGCCACACUCUUUAGAUAAGAAAGAGUGUCGUAAAGCUAUCGAGAAAAUUCCUGAGGAAUAUGAAGAAAUGUUUACAAAAGCUUGGCUUCAAAACUUUUUAGCUCAGACAAUAGAAUCGAGAAAUAGUGUUAAAGUUCGUUGGAAUAACAAUGCGUAUGCUACAAGUAGUAGUACUAUAUUUGAAAUUAUGGAAAACGUUUAUAAAGAUACUGGUAUUAUAUUUCGAUCAAAAAGUGAAAUAACUACUAAAGAGUCGUCUUACUAUAAGUCCAAUCCAAAGCAGCGAGUAAAUUUUGUCAAAGACGUGGAAGCAUGGAUGAUACCUAAAUUAAUACCUGAUAAACCUGUAAUAACAUCAUCAAUUGCCAGGGAUGAAAAAGAGCAUGAUAGAAAUAAAAUACACGUGAGAAUAUCUGAUCAAAAAUGGAUUAUAGAUAAAUCAAAAGCUUUCGCUCACAAAAUCGAAGUGGUUUUACAUUCUAGAAAUAUCGUGAAAUCUUAUAAGAAUCCUAGUACAGAAUACUUGACGAUAGACAUACCAAAAGGUUUUUUUUCAGAUUCAGGCACAGACAGCGGCGUCGCAGAUCAUAUGAGCAAUGAAGAAGUAUAUAAAAUAGUAGAAUAUGAAUCACCAGAGUCGAGAACUCGAGCAAACGCAGCUAACUUCGAAACUGGUGAUCAUUUAAAAGAUAUUAAAGUUACAGUGAGUCUGAAAGACGAAAAUUUUGAAUCUAAAAUUAUCGAAACAGUUAUUAAACGACGGCCAAUUCAAAGAGAUGUUGUAAUACAAAACAGCAAAGUUUCUAUUCCUAACAGAUGCAAUGUGAUUGGAGUUGGAAUAAUCACACAAAAAGAUACCAGAAUAAGAAAACCUAUCUUGAAAAUUCAAGAUGAAUAUACAGAUGAUGAAUCAUACCAUAGUGUGCGUAUAAAUCAUAUUAAAAGCAGGUUUGCUGAGAGUUACCUUCAAGAUUACUACCGUCAUAUGUCUUUGGGAAUCGACUUUUCAUGGUGUCUUAGCGAUUCUCAAGUUCAGUGUUGUUCAGAUAUUUCACACAACACUGUAAACAACCAAGGCGAUGGCACAAAAUCUUGUCCAAAUAUUUACGAUGAUUAUAUUACAUCUACUGUAAUAUCGUCUUGUGGAACUUCUUGCUGUAGUCCUUGUGGGCCAAUGCCCUGUAGUGAUUCGUGGAAUAAUAACUGUAAAACAGGCCUAGUAGCAAAAUUUUACAAUAAAAUAAAACCAAAGCUCCUGAGAGUCGAUACUUAUCCAGAUUCUCAAAAAAGGAUGACCCCAAAAGAUUCUCUAGAAGUAUUCAAGAAAAGAAAACUUUAUGCAUUGAGCGCUAAAUCUAAAUGGGGGAAUCCAGAAGAAAUACCUUAUUCUAUUCCCAGUAUAGAGAGUAAAGGAGCUCCAGAUACCUUAAUUGAUUGUCCUAAAGCAAGAACAACAUGUUGGAAAGCUACUUCAAAAAUACCAAAAACAAAAAUCUGCGAAAAACAUGUCUCUUUUCCAGACUGCGAAACUCUGAAUACAUCUCUUAUUAAACAAUUAGCAACUACUCCUAGUGGUAUACUUAUCUUUAAAGGAAGCUCGAAAUGUGUAGAAUGCGAGAAAAAAGGGUCAAUAUGUACGAAACAUACCAAAAUAGACCCAAACCCUGCUUGUGAAAUCCCACCACCUCGCCGUCCAUGUUUAGAUGAUAUCCCAACACGUAAAGCAUCUCCUUGUUGUCCUGCUGAUAUGAUCAUGCCACAAACAUCUCAGAUGUCUAUAUCAAAAUCAGUAGGUAAACCACUUCAUCGCGAUCCAUCCAUCAAUAGUUUAAAGCUUUCCGCUAAAUCAUGUAUUUCUGAUCCAGGCUUCCAGUGCCCUCCUCCAUCAUGUCCUCCUCAUCCAUGUCCACCUUCUCCAUGUCCUCCUAAUCCAUGCAAUCCCCCUCCUCCACCAUGCUCACCUAAAGCUCAAAAAUCUUCUUUCAAAUGUUGUCCCCCGCCGAAAAAAUGUCAUCCUUUUCCAACACCUCUUGUUCCAAAAUCGCAACAGUGUCCUCCUAAAUCGUCUGAACCACGUACUUAUUAUCAGCCCCCUAAGACUUGCGAUUCACCUCGUACAAGGUCCAAACCAGGUAGUUCUUCUUCAACUAUAUGUGAGGAAACAAACAAACAAAAAUGUCACAGUCCCGAUAAUGUACCUUGUGGGUCUCCUUCUGUAUCUGGAAUUCAUUUAAGUUCUCCUCCAAGGUCACGAUGCCCAAGUCCCCCUGAACCUUCAUCAUGUACAAAUCCUUCUUGCCCAAACUCUGUAUCAUCACCGCCUGAGCCACGCCGUCGUCAUAAGUCUCCAAGGAGUUAUGAAUCUACACCUCAUAAAAGAUCAAAACCUGGUAAUUCUUCUUCAACUAUAUGUAACAAACCAAACAAACAAAAGUGUUAUAGUCCCGGUAAACUACCGUGUGGGUCUCCUCCUGUAUCUGGCAUUCAUUUAAGUUCUCCUCCAAGGUCGCGAUGCCCAAGUCCACCGACAUCGUGUACAAAUCCGGAUUGUCCAAACAAUGUAUUAUCAUCUACUUCUUGUGAUUCUUCUCCAAUUUCAUCAAAAGCAUGCCCCGAUAACUCAUACCAACGUCCUCAAUCACCACCUUGUAAAAAAAAACCAGCACGGUCAAACAAACCUAAUACUCCGCCUUGCAAGACACAGCCGCCCAAAUGCUCACCCAAGCAAAGUUGCGUGAAACCACCCAAAAAAUCUCGUAAAAUAAUGGACUGUGAACCACAAAAGGCAAAGUGCCCAGUGGAACAACCUAAACCUACACGUCGCCAAAAAAAGCCUGAAUGCCAGGCACCAAAAAAACCUCCAUGCGAAGCUUGUACAAAAGGUCGCAGUGGAGAAUUUCCGUGGCCUUUAAAAAAUCAGAAUUCAUACCAAAGCUCAAUGGAAAAUGUGCUGUCAAAUUGUUCAAGCACAGAACCGAAUACCAAAAAUAAAUGCACAUUUGAAACACCUGUGCAGUGUCCUUCAAAGCAAUCAUGUAAGUCACCACCAAAAAUAUCUGGUAUUUUUCUAAAAUUAAGACCAGCACGGAAAAGUUCUAGUGAAUGUGAAGCACACAUGUAUAAUACGGAUGUAAGACGUCCAGCUAUAAGUCAAUUGGACGACGACAUAAUUAUAAAUAUAAAAAAAUGUACCGAUAGUACUGAAGAAAUAAGAGAAGGUUUAAACAUUAAAGUACAAGACUUUGAUGGUAAUACUCUUUACGAAAGGCUAGAUUACAGUAAUGAGAUUGAAAAUACAAAUAAACAGAAGCUACCUUCAGUUUUAAACGAAAUGUACAAAAACUCAAAUGUGCACGUUGUUUCUACUUCAAGACCGGUUCAAAAUAUGCAGUGUCAUGAAGAAAGUAAUUUAAAUUUAGCAGAUACUAAAAGUGAAGCAAGUGUUGCGAAUCUGAUAGAAAUUAACUUUAAACUUAAAGUUACUCAGGGUGAUAAAACCACGGAAUUAAAUAUUGGAACAGAUGACGCAUCAAACGACCUUAAGAAUUGCCCAAAAAAUUACUUAGGUCAAACUUCUCAAAAUGUGUUUAUAUCAAAAGAUGAAACUGAUCAAUGUAAAGAUGAAUAUAAUGAUAAAAACGACGUUAACAUUAAAAUAAUAAUAAAAAAUUACAAACCAAAGAAGAGAAACAAAUCUAUGGGUGAUGAAUUCGUUCAAAGUAUAGCACAAAAAUUUCAGACUGUAUCUACAGGCUACAGUGAUAUUUUAGCCAAAACAAAUGAGGAUAAUGUAUAUUCCAUUCAUAAGACAAGUUUGAAUCUAACUUCAUCAAAUGAUGGGUCGCAAAUUGACAUUCAGGCAAAAGAAAAAAUAAUUAAAGAAGCUCAUACAGACAUUAAACAAAUAUCACACAAAGUCUUGAAUAAGUUAGAAGACUCUGAAAGUAAAGUCACGAAUGAGAACAGUGUAUCUUCAAUUCACAGGACAAUUCAAAAACAUACCUAUUCAAAUGACCAAUCACAAAUAGAUAGGCACCCAAAAGACGUAAUUGUAAAAGAAGAAAAUAUCCAAGAAAUUCCUGUGGGAAUUAUAAAAAGAGCUAACAGUAUUUUGGAUAAAUUAGAACACUCAAAAAGCAAAUUGGAUAUUAAUCAAAAUGAAAAGGUGUUGUGUAAGCAGUGUAAAGAAAAUGAAAUUGAUGAUAUACAAAACUAUAUUUAUAAAGAAGAAAAUACGUAUAUUGCAAAAAAGGAUCGUUUUUCUUUGAAAGAUACGCAAGAUUCACACGCUAAUGAUAUUUUAGCUAAUGACAGCUAUAAACCAAUGCCGAAGAGUAACUCUAAUAUUGUACCUAAAUCACUUACUAAAGAAGAAAAAAAAUCAAUAUUGAAAAAAAUCCUGGAGAAGGUAAAGAGAACAAACAAAAAAGAGAAAAUGAAAGAAUUCACGGAAGUACUAAAUAUGAUUUUAAAUGAUAACAGUGAUCACGAAGAGACAACUCAAGAAUGUAUGGACUUGAUGAAAAAAAUGAGAUUAGUUUCUCCGAAUUCUAAUCAGUUUAGGGACACUGAUAGUUUGAAUAAUUAUUUUACGAGAUUCGAUAGUUCAGUAUUAUCAGAACAAGAAAGUCAUAAUAAUGCAAAUGUGAAAUAUCCGUCAGAAAAUGUAAGUGAAACUAGUGUCAGAGAUACAGACGAAUCGUACGAUGAAAACGAAACUCCCAGGUCAUGUAUUUGCAGCACGUUUGCAGAAAGAUUAAAUAUGUGUUCGGUUAAUGGCAACGGUUGCUGUUGUAGGUAUCCAACCAAAGCUGACGUAGAAACAUGCUGCGAUUUGCGCACCGAGGAGGAUUUCUUAUUACUAAACUAUAAAACAAUUGAAUACAUUGAUGUGGAAACACAAAAUUCAAAAUAUUUCUGUAAUGGCAAUAAAAUUUCUGUACACAGUAAAGCUGUGUCCGAUUCAUUUAAAAAUAAAAAUGAUGCUAUCGUUGAUACUUUUGAAAAAUCUGAAAGCAUUAAAAAUUGUAAGAAUGGUAUCCCUACUCAUGUAAAUCAUAUGCAAACUUGUCAUUACAAAAAAUUUAAUAGAAACUCAAUUCUAGGUAUUUCAGAUGAAGACAAAGUGUUGCUUUUAAACACGCAAUCAACAAACGUAGCUGUAGAUACAAUGUUUUCUCGGAAUAUUGGAAAUGAUGAUGAGGAAAAGGAAAAGCUACUAAAGAAAGCGUAUGCAAAAUAUGAACGAAAUACUGAUAUACUGCAAUCUUACGAAACCAAGAAAGCUGUCUUACAGAUCUACGCAGAAAAAACAUCUGACGAAGGGCGUUUAGUGGCUAAACUGCCUAAAUUCGUUCAAGAUAAAGAAAACGACAUUGAAAAAAAUUAUGAGAAGUAUGUACAGAGUAUGUAUAAUGGUAUCAAAAAUAAAUUUGUCAUGAUGUCUGUGGAAAAGUAG